UUAGAGGGGGUGGGGAUUUGUGUAAUGGGCGUGGCUUGUUUCAUGGGUGUGUCAUUUCCGCUCAUCCCACACUGAUGUCCCUCUCAUCUGUCCUGCUCUGUGUGAAUCCAUAACAUAAACAUUACAGCUAUUUUACAGCCUUUUCUCAAGCAAACGAGUCUCUUCUGAACACAAGGCAUUCAAAAUGUACGUAUAAUUUGACAAAGUCACGAAAAGCCCCUAAACUAUCCCUGUUUAAUUCCCCUAUCCUCCAUAAUCCUGAUGCUUUGAACGAGACGAAACAACUGAAGUCCAUCGGACGAGGAGGAGAGACUAAAUCUUAACGUAUUUGCAACGAGUGUGUAUUUUUCUUUAGUUUACUGCAGGUGAAGUGUUUGUGCCCCAUAAAGGCUACAGAGAGCGUCAUUCAUCGCACCCCUGAAGAGGAACCAUUGGCCACAUGGAGAAUGGAGACUGGGCACACAUGAUGAUGGAUACUGUUACCCUAAACGUUGGUGGCCAUUUGUACACCACGUCGCUCUCCACCCUCCAACGUUAUCCAGACUCUAUGUUGGGCGCCAUGUUUCGUGGUGAUUUUCCCACCGCACGAGAUGCCCAGGGCAACUAUUUCAUAGAUCGAGACGGUCCUCUAUUCCGUUACAUCUUGAACUUUUUACGAACCUCGAAACUGACGCUACCAUGUGACUUCAAAGAAACAGAGCUCCUUCGAAAGGAAGCAGACUUCUAUCAGAUCGAGCCUUUGAUCCAGUGUUUAGGAGACACCAAACCCCUUUAUCCAUUGGACACUUUUGAGCAAGUGGUAGAACUUUCAAGUACUCGUAAGCUGUCCAAGUACUCAAACCCAGUGGCGGUCAUUAUCACCCAACUCACUAUCACCACCAAAGUUCACGCACUACUUGAAGGCAUCUCCAACAACUUCACCAGAUGGAAUAAACACAUGAUGGACACCAGAGACUUUCAAGUUUCUUUUUUUACCUUUGGACCAUGUGAUUACCACCAAGAGGUUUCCCUUCGGGUGCAUCUGGUGGAGUACAUCUCCAAGCAAGGCUUCACGAUUCGCAACACACGGGUGCAUCACAUGAGUGAACGCGCCAAUGAGAACACGGUAGAACAUCACUGGACAUUUUGUAGAGUUGCGCAAAAGGUUGAGGACUGAUUGAUGCUGCAUUUAUGUCUGAAUAUUAAAAAUAUUUAUUGGUAAAAUUCAAAGCAAUUUGAGCAGUUACGAGUUUAACAAAGAUAUAAGUGAUUUUUAAUAGUUGCAAACUUGUAAUUAAGGGAAUACUGAAAUUACCUGAAAACACCACAUCUCCACUGCAGAUCCUGUUUGAGAGGUACCCAGUAAUGAACACAAUGAAAAUGUUUUAUGUUGUAUUUGGGCGAACUUGUCCUAUUGUGUUUUAUGCAUCUUCUCCACGACUUCAGAUGUUUAUAGACAAAAGGAGCCUGAACAAUUUCUAGAACUCUACUAUAUACCUCAUAUACCUGGAAGAAAAAGUGACCCAAAAUUGUUUCUUAAUUGUCAAAUCUAUAUAUGCAACGUGAAUCUGCAUAUAUAU